AUGGCGGGGUGCACGGCGCUGCUCACGUCCUCGGCGGACAGCCACCUGCCGCCCGCCCUGGGCCCCGCCUUCAUGGGCAGUCGCGCCCCCGUGUGGCACGGCUACCGGUCGCUCUACGACAAGGGCAGCCCCCUCGGCGGCGGCCUCUUCUUCCACGACUACCGCAACGAGGCCGUCACCAGGGCCACGAUGCCGCCCUACCUGUACGGCUGCGAGCGGACGCCCUACUCGGCGCGCCCGGACGUGGUGGCCGCCGACAGGGUGGGCAACUGGGAGCGCAUGCUGCACCAGAAGCGCACGCCCUGCUCGUGGAUCGCGCCGGCGCAGCGCGCGGAGACGGACACCUUCUACUCGUUGUGCCAACAGCAGCGCGACCAGCUCCGCGACCGCUCGGGCCGCCUGCACCCGUUGGACUUCUUCGACAUCGCCAAGACGCCUUUCCACUGCCCCGUCGACAUGUUCACGACGUACCAGCGCUACCCAGUCAUGUUCACCAAGUACCGCGCGCCGCAGUCGCAGCCCCUCUCCCUGGGACGGACGCUGGCCAUCCCGCCGCUGCCGGGCCGCUCACUCGUCGGCGACCACAACCAGUACUCGGACACGUGGUGGAAGGGCCAGGCCAAAGCCAUGUUCACCUGACUCGCCCGCCUCGCCGGACGCAGUAAAGCCGUUGUUUCGCCCUCCCCGCCUUUCGCUUUCAAGCUUUCCGUGGCGCUUUGACGGGACGCCCCAUGAGUGCGGGAGAGACAGAGCGACGAGAACGACUCUCAGAAUCAGGCUGCACCCACGCGGCGGGCAUCACAUCACCGGCCGCGAUCAGGCCGCCACACAACAGUCGGCUCGGUCAAGGCCUCGGCCUCCCCGCCUCCCCCUCGACGCGAUGCAGAGGUCCUGGGCCGUCCUGAUCUGUUGGCCGAGGCCUGCCGAGGCCUGGCCGAAGUCCUGUCCCGUUGAGCCUCCCGAGUCCCCGCUCCACUUAAGACCCUUGCAGCUCACGAGGAAUGAGGCGGACGAAGGCGAGCCGCGCGUCUGGCCGAGAACCACGACGACCACGACGAUGACGGUGGCGAACAACAAACAACAAACACAAGCGACGAUUACAUAAAGAAAUGGCAAAACUACCAGUUGACGAGAUAAUAAGCACAUUCUGAGACAAUCACGGCAAUAC